UUUCCGGCGCCGACAAGCAUGGCGUCUAUCGAGAAAGCAUUGAACUUGAUUAAACAGUUGCCGAGAGUCAGCCUGGGCAACAUUCGCGAUCUACCUGGAUCAAGGAAACCGAAACAGAAACAGCGAAGUGGGACCACUAGACGGAAACAUGGAAGAGGAAACAAAGGUCAAGGACAAAGGAACACUCUUCCAAGACUUGGUUUUGAAGGCUGCAACACACCAUUUUACUUGAUCAUACCAAAGGAGCCGUAUUAUAAAGGCCAUGCGGAGAGGAGACAGUAUCCUCCAUUAUCCUUACUUCAGCUUCAGAGGAUGAUCGAUGUGGGUCGAGUUGACCCAAAGCAGCCAGUUGAUCUUGCUACUGUAUGCAACACCAGGCUGUAUCGUAUCGAUCCUGCCAAGAAACACUUUGGGAUCAACUUGACAGAGGAGGGUGCAGAUAUCUUUGCUACCAGGAUCAACAUUGAAGUGCAAUGGGCAUCUGAGCUGGUUAUUGCAGCCAUUGAAAGGAACGGAGGUGCGAUCACAACCCGCUACUUUGACCCACAAUGUCUCCAUGCUCUGGCCAACCCUUUGAAAUUCUUCCAAAAAAGUGUUCCAAUACCUCGAUGCAAACUGCCUCCAGAAGAUGCACUGGAGUACUAUACAAGUGCCGAAUCACGAGGAUAUCUUGCAGAUCCUGAACUAGUUAAGCAGGCUAGACUUGAGCUGGCUCAGAAAUACGGCUACGAACUCCCUGAUGUGAGCUCAGAUCCUUUGUUUGAUAUGCUGAGUCUGAGGAAGGAUCCUCGGCAGAUAUUUCACGGCCUUGAACCAGGCUGGGUGGUGAACCUGAAACAUAGACAGAUUCUGAAACCCAAGGAUGAGGAGUAUGAAGCGUUUUAUAAGUCGUAGCUGGACUUGUUGUGUGACUAGCAUUCUUGUAUGGAUGGAGAAAGAUAAAUGAAUAAAUAAGUUGAUGUGAUUAAUGCUA